ACGUCGAAAGGGCACUAAUAAUCGCCGAAACAAAACAAAAACCGGUUAGGUUCUUGCCUCUUAGUCCCAGCUUGAGUAGGUCAUUUCUGGCGGGAAUCAAAACGCCAUAGGAAGAGGCUUAGCGUGGGUUUUGCACAAUGGGAUCUGAACCUCAAUCGACUCUCCCUAAAUGGGCGUCGACGCCCUGCAUUAUGGGAAUCGAUGAAGCUGGCCGUGGUCCUGUUCUUGGACCUAUGGUUUACGGAUGCUUGUACUGUGCUCGUUCAUAUGGCAAGAUUCUUUCUACCUUGAACUUUGCAGACUCCAAGACUCUAAAAGAAGAGAAGAGGGAAGAGUUAUUUGAAAAUUUAAAGGCUAAUGAAUCAAUUGGAUGGGCUGUUGACAUCAUUGAUCCAAAGGAGCUCUCAGCUAAGAUGCUAAAAAGGAAUAAGAUAAACUUAAAUGAGAUUUCGCAUGACUCUGCAAUUGGCCUUGUCACUAGGGUGUUAAACACGGGAGUUCUUCUGACUGAGGUUUAUGUGGAUACAGUGGGGGAUGCUGAGAAGUAUAGAGUAAAACUAUCUGAAAGAUUUCCUUCCAUCAAAUUUGUUGUUGCAAAGAAGGCUGAUAGCCUUUAUCCAGUUGUAAGUGGAGCAAGCAUAGUUGCAAAGGUCACUAGAGACCGAGCUUUACGAGAAUGGGUGCUUGAUGAAACUGCUGAAGGGAUCAACAGGAAUUUUGGUUCUGGUUAUCCUGGAGAUCCCGAAACGAAGGCUUGGUUGGAACAACAUAAACACCAGGUAUUUGGAUUUCCAACAGUGGUGCGCUUCAGUUGGGGUACAUGCAAUUCCUAUUUCAAAGAUGGUGUUGAAGUCUUGUGGGAAUCUGAUAAAGACGAAGAUGGUUCUGGCAGUAACAAUGGCAAACGUCAGUUGAAGUUGAGUAGUUUUGGUGUCACAACGCCCAAGAGGAAAAGUGAAGAAAUAGAAUCAAGUGGUAAAGGACGCUGCAAAUUUUUCCAGGCUCGUAAACUUGAGCAACUUACUCAUUUCUAGCAAACUUUUCUCUUGCUUUAAGCCACAACUUUACUUUAGGUUCAGAUUAAUGAAUCAUCUAAUUUUCAUUCAGUAUAUAAGAAAAAUAUGCAACUUCUCCUGGGAAAUAGCAGAUUUAUAUUUGAAUGAUGAUAUAGGAUUUAUAUUAUGUUAUAGGAAAAUCAUUUGCAGGUCCAUGAACAAGGUCAUAGCAACUAAUGGUAUAAUCUGCUUUUAUUAUUCUUAUUAUUAUUA